AUCAUCCUCCCUUAGUUAACUUCCAUCCAUCCAUUGCGGUUGAUGAUCGACACAUGGCGGUGGCGGCGGCGGCGGCUUCUUAAAGUCUAGCUGUGUCGUUUGUUGGCUCUUCUUCUUUCCUUCCAUUUCUUUAAUCUAUCCACAAACCUUUUCUCCCUCAUCAAACAUUCGUUUCAGAUUCACUAAACCCAAUUUUCAAUUCAAAGUCAACUCUUUCUUCUUCUUCCCCGCUUCUGGUCAAAGGUUGGUUCGAUUUGAGCUAGUUAAAACCAAGAGGGGUUGUUGUUCCAGAUGCUUUUAGUGAGUGUGGAUUUGAAUUUUAAACGGUGAAACUAGUUGGUUGAAGAUAAUUUCUGUUGUGAUAUGGAUGGUUCUCAAGGGGGAUCAAAUUCAUCAUCGCCACCAUUUCUCACUAAAACAUAUGAAAUGGUGGAUGACCCGUUGACAGAUCAUAUUGUUUCAUGGAGUCAUACCGGGAAUAGUUUUGUUGUUUGGAAUCCACCUGAAUUCGCCGGGGAAUUGCUUCCGAAGUAUUUCAAACACAACAAUUUCUCGAGUUUCGUUCGUCAGCUCAAUACAUAUGGUUUUAAAAAGAUAGAUCCCGAACAAUGGGAAUUUGCGAAUGACGAAUUCAUAAAAGGUCAAAGACACCUUCUGAAAAACAUUCACAGGCGGAAACCGGUCCAUAGUCACUCAACACCGCCACAAGGAACUUCAUCAAGCCCAUUAUCGUCUUCAGAAAAAAAGAAAUACGAAGAUGAAAUCAAGAAACUAAAACACGAAACAAGUUCUCUUCGGCUUCAGUUACUGACCCACAAUCAAGAAAAUCAAGAAAACGAACACAAAUUAUCUUUUUUACGUGAACGAUUACACACCAUACAGUUAAAGCAAAAGAAAAUGAUGUCGUUUCUCGCUCAAGUACUAGAAAAACCAAGAAUUUCAUCCUCGCGCACACAAUAUUUGGAAUCUAACAGCAGAAAGAGAAGAUUAUUAAUAUCCACUUACUUACAGGGUGAAGCGAAUGCAGAAGAAACUGAAAAUUUAGAAGUUCACGAGCUGAUAAACAAAUUGGAUUCAUCUUUGAAGUUUUGGGUGGAUUUCGUGAACGAUGUAAAAACGUCAAGUCAAGAACAAGAUGAUGUUGGUGAUCAUGAUUCAAAACUGGAUCAUGCUGGCAGCUCUACUAUUUCAUUGAUCAACAUUAAUCAAGAUUCUCGGGUGAAAUCGAAAGCUUCAGGGAUUGACGUGAAUGCAGAGCCUGUUGGUGGUGGCGGUGGUGAUGGUGAUGGUGAUGAUGGCGGUGGUAGAGUCGUAGCACCGCCAGUGAAAACGGGUGCAAAUGAUGUUUUCUGGGAACAGUUUUUGACAGAAACGCCUGGCAGUGGUGACACGCAGGAAGUUCAAUCUGAGAGACGAGAUGUAACUAAACCUUUGUGGGGUACACAUAAUUUAGGUAAAAUUACAGAAAAAAUGGGGAAUCUUGGUCCUGGUAAGCUUGAUGUACGAUGAUUGUAAAUCUUAGAUUUUCUGCUUUAAACUUGUGUUUUGUAAACGUUGUUGAAUAUUAGUUUAAGCAUUGUAUUUUGUUUUUUGGGGG